AUGUUCUCGGAAAUGAAGGAUGGCCCGCCGGGCGCGGCGGGCCCACCCCCGGCCGUCACGGCGUGCCGGCGGUGCGACGCGCAGCUGGCCACCCCCUGGCAGAUAGGCGACGAGCACGACGGCCUGUGCGCCCGCUGCGCGAACCUGGCGCCGGGCCAGCCGUCCCUGAUCAUCAGGGACGCGGCCCCCGUCUCCAACCCGGUCAUGCCGACCCCGCAGGAGCCCGGGCGCCCCGCCGGGUCCAAUCCAGGCUCCGGCAGCCCGCCUCUCCCCGACUCGUUUCAGGGAGCACGGGCGCCCUUCGGCACCGCGCAGGCCGCGCGCCGCAGCGCCGACGAGCACGGGGCACGGGUGGGCCGCGGCGCACACGGCCACGUGCAGGGCGGCGCGAUGCAGAUGUACCCGGAGGUGCCCCCGCACGUGGUCAACAUGGCGCGGAGCUUCGGGGGCCUCUCGCACCAGCACCUCCUGGGCCCGGGCCCGCUGCCCAGCGCCUCGGGCAUGCAGUGGCUGAUGGAGCAGAUGUCGCGGCCGCCCGCGACGCCGGCCGUGCGGCCGCCCGAGGAGAAGGCGGCGCCGCCCGCGACGCGCAUGCUGACGCGGAGCCACGGGCAGGCGCGGGCGGCGCGGGCUGCUGCGGCGGGCGAGGAGGAGGCGCGGGGGGCGGGCGGGAUGAUGUGGACCGCGCACGGGCCCCGCGCGGAGCGGCCCGGGCACGGCGCGGCGUCCUGGGGCGCGGCGCUGCUGAGGCGGCCGAUCUCGCGGCAGGGCGCGGUGGCGUACAGCGACCGCGAGUCGGCGGGCAACGCGGGCGCCGUGCAGGACGACCCGGGCUCGGUGCUCGCGAUGGACGAGGACGAGGGCGCGGGGGCCGGGCUCGGGCGCGACGCCGCGGCCCCGGCGGGCGGCGUGCUCGACGACGCGGACGACGCGGCCAACGGCGACAACGACCGCGCCAACUGGCUCGCCAGCUCCCUCGACGCAGACCUCAACGCCGUCAUGACGCCCGAGGGCAUCGAGCGCAUGUUCGCGGACGCGGAGGUCGAGGACGAGCACUGGCUCGACCGCAUCGAGGACGUGCUCGCCGACGCCGCGCCCACGCCGCCGCUCCCCGGCGCGGCCGAGCAGGGCGCGGGCGACGUGCUCGAGGCGCCGCCCGGGAUGGUCGCGGCCGCGUGCGCGGCGCCGGGCGCGCUGUGCACGUCCGAGGACGGCCCGCGCUCGCCCGCGUCGCCGCUGCCGCGGCCCGACGUGGGCGGUGCCACGGCGCCGCCGUUCUCGUCCCCCGAGGACCCGGGCAUCGAGAUGACGCCGCAGAUGCGCGACAUGGUCCAGCAGCAGCAGCUGGAGCUGCAGGAGCAGCUCGCGCACCUGCAGUCGCUGCCCCCCCAGAAGCAGGACGACCUCCUGCGGUCGAGCGGGAUGGGCCCGGCGCAGAUCGAGCAGCUCCUGCGGCUCGCGCGCGGCGGCGCGCCGCCCGCGGAGCUGCUGAUGCUCUCGCUGAAUUGCCACCGGCCCCCGCCGAUGGCCCCGCAGCAAGCGCAGGCCGCGCAGAUGCAGGCGCAGGCACAAGCCCAGGCGCAGGCGCAGGCGCAGUUCCAGCAGAGGGAGCUGCAGCACCGCGUGCAGCAGCUGGCGGCGAUGGCGGCGAUGGCGGGGCGGCUGCCGCCGGGGACGGUGGAGCAGCUCACUGGCAACCAGCUCCCCCCGGCGUUCUGCGACCUCCUGCGGCUCGGGUUCGCGGCGGGCGCCAUGAGCAGCAACAUCGGCGGCCCCAUGCCGCAGCGGGCUGGCGCGGCGCCGCAGCAGCCGUGGCAGCAGCAGCAGCAGCAACAGCAGCAGCAACAGCAGCAGCAACAACAGCGCGGUGCAUGGGGCGGGCCGGCGGGGAUGCCGCAGGGCGCGUUCCCGCGCGGGAACCCGGGCUUCGGGAUGCGCCAGAUGCCCGCCGCGUUCCCCAUGCAGCGCCCGGUGCGCUCCCUUCUCCAGACCCUGGCCCUGGCCGGCGGCGGCGGGGUGCUGCCGGGCAUGAUGCGGCCCGUCGCGCCGCAGCGCGCGGCCGGCCAGCCGGGGCCGACCUCGCCCCAGCCCAUGCACCCGUGGUGGCUGCCCGGCGGACUCCCCCCCGCGGUGCCCAAGACGGUCCAGGCGGCCCUGAUGGGCCCGGUGAAGGACCGCCGCCGCCGCGGGCCCGCGUGGGUGGCCGGGGCCAGCACGCCCGCCACGACAACGACGACCUCGGGCGGGGCGCCCUCGCGUGGCCCGAGGUCGCCGACGCGCGCGCAGGGCCCGCCGGCGUCCCCCGGGAGCGGCAUGGCGCUGACGCAGCAGCACGCCGCGCAGCCGCCGGCGCCGAUGCAGGCGCGGCCGGGAGCGGUCCCGGCGCCGCAGCAGGCGCUGCCCGGGAGCCACUCGGUGGGCAGCGCGCGGACGGGCGCGCUGGCGGUGCACGUCGAGCACGGCGGUCCUGCGGGGCGCGGCACGGCGUCGUGUCAGGCGCGGCUGUGCGCGUCGGGCUCGCAGCACAUGGCGGCGGUGCCCGAGCGCUGCGCCGUGUCGGACGCCGACGCCGCGGCCCUGCGGAACGACACCGGGACGCUCCCGCCGCUGGCGCCGCUCCCGCCGCUGCCGCUGCCGCUCCCCGCGACGCGCGCGCGCGGCCCGACGACGUCCGCGCUCCCUACAGCGGACGCGCACACCAUGACCGCGGGCGACCCCGCCGGGGGCCUCAUGGACUCCAUCCCCGGCAACCCGACCGGCGGGGAUGGCGGCGCGGUGCUGCGCGACGACGACGAGCGCGAGGAGGUCGACGGCGCCCCGCGCGCCGCCGUGGGCCGCGCGCGCCGCGGGCUGCGCGUGGUGGUGGACUCCGGCGGGGGCAUCUCCCCGCCUGGGUCGUCCGGCGACGAGGAGAAGAAGACCUCUCCGGACGAGCAGGGCCGCCCGACGGCCCCGACGCGGCCGGACUCGGCCACGAUCGAUCGCUCGAUGGGGCAGGACUCGGAUAUGAGGCCCCUGGGCGGGUCCCUGGCCUUCCAGAUGAUGCACGGGCUCGCGAAGUCGCUCGAGAGGGCCACGGCGUACCACCACGAGGCCAAGGGCGUGCUCGGGUCCGGGCACGGCGAGGCGAUGAUCGACGCGGACCCGCAGGAUCGCCCGACGGCGCGCCUCACGGACGUGCGCGUCCUCGAGGGGUCCCGCGCGCUCGACGUGCCCAUGGGCGGCGGGGCAGAGCACGUGCUCCCGCAGCGCCGGGUGUUCAGCGCGCUGGGCGGGUCCGACAAUGAGGGGCCGCCGCGCAAGGUCGGGCGCCCCUCGCGGCGCGUGAACAGCGACAUGCCGGGCGACUAG